AUGCUCAGAGCCGACUGGAAGGUCGUUCGUCCCUUCCAGUCUUUGAGAUGCGGCUUGUGCAGACAGCCGCUCGAUAGGGAUAAAAAACGCACAGCCCUUCUGCUGUUCCAGUUGCAAAGCUUGGCGAUGUGCCAGAUGCAUGGACGGACCUACCUGUUCUCCUCCGCCCGAGAUUCCACUUUGAAAAUCCCGAUCACGCUGAUCCUGGGUUACAAAGCCUGGCACUUCGGCCACACAGGCCCUUUCUACAAGCCAGAGGAGCGCGUCCAUCGUGACGUUGCGGCUUCUGGAGCGCCAAUCAAGCGGAUCCGUCUUCGUCAGCGCACCAAGCGAGAUGACGACCCGAACGUGUUCAUCUACUACCCGAUCAACCCCACUUACAAUCCCAAUGAAAUCUUGGCCAAUGACUCGCUGGCUCGCAUCUGCUACCCGCGUCCGUUGAAGACCUACAUCCUCGGCAAGGGCAGAUACAAGCCGUGGUGCACCGAUCCUCACGGCAAUCAGUUCGAGCCGAAGAAUGUGGCGAGUUGGGGAUGUAUGGUACUGCCGUUCUGCAAACUGGAUCAACCGGGAGAAUUCGAUGAACAAAAAUACCUGAGGCCUGUAGCUGAAAACGGAGAUCUGCUGAACUGCAUGGAUAUUUGUCCAAGAAACCAGAAUGGCCGUGGAUUGACGGACAAACCGGAUUGUCGACCCAUCCCUAGCAAUCCGGAAAACGACUAUUUCGGUGUCCUCAGUAUAACGGAAAAGAUGGAUUGGUGCGACGCGGAGAAGUCGACUCACAAAGACCCGUGGUCACUCAACCCACCGUGCAAUCCGAUUCCGCAGUGUCGAGGAAAUGUCGAAGGACGUGCUGUGGCCGGAUGCGAGGAUUGGCGCAAGAAUCUGCUCUACUACCAGAAAAAUGUCGAAGGUGUCCCAUGCGUCGUCUACAAGCAGUGCAGUGCUUUGACGGAAGAGGAGAGGCUGAAAUACCAUUGCGUCGGCUCAAUCAUGACAACAACCUUGGGUGGCGGCCUCUGCGUGUUCAUCAUCGUGAUCAUCAUCGUGUUGUGCUGCUGUCUGAAGAAGAAGGACAAGGGCCCGAAGGGAAAGAAGCCGAUUGUCGAUGACAUGAUGAACGUCGGCGCUGGCUCGGCGGUCGUCGACCUCGACGUGCGAAAGCACUGGCGCAAAGUAACCAUCCGACUACACGUCUCCACCUACUCGACACAA